CACGUAAGACAAAACAACCCGCCAUGCCAUCCCCAUCGAGCAGUUCGGUAAUAAUUAGUGAAAAUGAAAUUUAGGUAGGGGCAGGGCAGCAGCUGCCUGAUUCAAUUAAGCUUUUAUAUGGUAACGAACAAAACUAACAACGCCAUCUACCAAAUAAAAAAUCCACAACCAAAAAACUCCCACUUUUAUUCCCCUUAAAGCCAACUUUAAUUAAGGAAAAUUAUAUUUCUUUGUUACUACCAAACCAAACUCCUCUUUGUUACGUUCAAUGUUUUUUUUCUUUUGUGGUACUUGUUGUAAGAAAGCUUGAGACUUGAAGGCGAGGCAGAGAGUAAUUGAAAGAUGUCACUGUUUCGCAAAUUGUUUUAUAGGAAACCCCCUGAUGGCCUUCUUGAGGUCUCCGAGCGUGUUUUUGUGUUUGAUUGCUGCUUUAAUACUGAUGCUUGGCAAGAAGAAGAUUAUAAAGGUUACAUAGGCGGAAUUGUCAGUCAACUUAAAGAACAUUUCCCUGAUGCUUCAUUCUUGGUGUUUAAUUUCCGCGAGGGAGAGAAACAAACCCAGAUUGCAGAUGCUUUGUCCAAGAAUGAUAUGACCUUAAUGGAGUACCCUUGGCAAUACGAGGGUUCCCCAUUGCUCACGAUGGAGAUGAUCCACCAUUUUCUAAGAUCAGGUGAAAGUUGGCUCUCCCUUGGACAGCAGAAUAUUCUGUUAAUGCACUGUGAACGUGGUGGUUGGCCGGUUCUCGCUUUCAUGCUGGCUGGACUGUUAAUUUACAGGAAACAGUACAGUGGAGAGCAGAAGACCUUGGACAUGAUUCACAGGCAGGCCCCUCGUGAGCUGUUGCAGCUGCUCUCACCAUUUAAUCAUGUACCUUCUCAACUGAGGUAUCUACAGUAUGUCACAAGGAGGAAUGCGGCCUCAGAAUGGCCUCCAUUGGAUAGAGCUCUGACCUUGGAUUGUGUCAUCCUAAGAUCUCUUCCUAAUUUUGAUGGAGAGGGGGGUUGCUGUCCCCUAUUUCGGGUAUAUGGGCAGGACCCUUUUCUUGUUUCUGAUCAAACUUCCAAACUUCUUUACUCAACUCCAAAGAAAGGAAAUAUUCUCCGGGCUUAUAAGCAGAUAGAAUGUGAACUCGUUAAAAUUGACAUUAAUUGCCAUAUACAAGGUGAUGUUGUGCUUGAGUGUAUCAGCUUAGAUGAUGACAUGGAACUUGAAGAGAUGAUGUUUCGAGCCGUGUUUAACACAGCAUUUAUCAGGUCUAACAUCUUGAUGCUUAACCGUGAUGAAAUUGACAUGUUAUGGGAUGCAAAAGAUCGAUUCCCAAAGAACUUCAGGGCAGAGAUUCUUUUCUCUGAAAUGGAUGCUGCCGCAUCCAUAGUUGCAGAAAAUUUAUCUGGCUUUGAGGAGAAGGAAGGCCUUCCUGUGGAAGCAUUUGCUAACGUUAAAGAGAUAUUUAGUUCUGUUGAAUGGUCAGACCCCAACUCGGAUUUUGCGCUUAAUGUGCUCCAACAAAUUAGUGCAUCGAAUAUUGCUCAGGAAAACUCAAGUGCAGAUUUGCAGCACAGAGUAGAGAUUAGCACUCAAAAGCAGGAAACGAUUCCUAGAAAGGAACUUGCCGGCCAAUCUACAGUCACUAAUGCCACAGUAUCUACAGCUUCCUCAGAACAAGCUUUGACAGUUUCAGCUGGAAUUGAACUCAUGGAACCCAAAGGUGGUUCUAUCUCACCAUCAACACCUGCACAGCCUCCACCAUUGGGACUUGCUGUGACUUCUAGUGUCAUAAAAGUUCAUCCUCAUCCACCACCAACUCUUCAUCUUUCAGCUUCAGAACCAUCAGAUCCUUCAACAGUCAAAGAGACUGAAACCUUAGAAGGCAGAGGUAAGUCAUUAUCAGUCAGCCUCCAACCAACUGCUCUACCAACAACACCACCUCUACUUUUUAAGGAGGAUAAUUCCACUGUCAAAACUGAAUGUCCAACCCCUCUUUCUCGUGCAAUGCUACCUUUGAAGGAGAUUUGCACCAUUAGAGCUGUACCUCCUCCACCUCCUCCAACACCACCUUUGAAGGAGAAUAGCACUGUUGAAGUUGGAUCUCCUCCACCUCCAACACCUCCUGUGUCGGAGAAUAGCAUUGUUAGAGCUGGACCUCCUCCACCUCCUCUAAUGCCACCUUUGAAGGAGAAUAACACUGUUGGAGCUGGACCUCCUCCACCUCCUCCAACGCCACCUUUGAAGGAGAAUAAAACCAUUGGAGCUGGAACUCUUCCACCUCCACCACCUCUUCCGCCUUUGAAGGAGAAUGGCACCAUUGGAGCUGGAGCUUUUCCUCCACCUCCACCUCCACCUCCACAUUUGAAGGAGAAUCAUGCUAUUGGAGCUGGACCUCAUCCACCUCCACCUCCUCCCCCUCCUCUUCAUUUAGGACCAACUACCGGGCCAAUAGUUUCAUCUCGGAUGCCACUAGCGCCGCCGCUACCUCCUACUAUGUCAACCAAUUCCUCCCGUGUUCCUUCUGCACCUCCUUCUGUUCCUUAUGGUAAGGGAACUUUAAAUACAAGCACCAAUGGAGAUAAUAAAUUGCCCGGGCCUCCAUCUCCUGCACCACCCUUAGGUUCCCCCUCCAUGCCCAAGGGACGUUUAUCUCGUACUAUAAGUUCACGGACCAGUCAAACAAAAAAGUUGAAGCCAUUGCAUUGGUUGAAGUUAACAAGAGCUGUACAAGGAAGCUUAUGGGCUGAGGCACAAAAGUCUGGUGAAGCCUCCAAGGCCCCAGAGAUCGACAUGUCAGAACUCGAGAAUCUUUUUUCUGCAGCAGUUUCAAAUACAGAUCAUGGCGGGAAAUCAAGUGUGCGGGGCUCACGGGGACCUAAAGUUGAAAAAGUGCAACUGGUUGACCAUAGACGAGCAUACAAUUGUGAAAUCAUGCUUUCAAAGGUGAAAGUGCCACCACAUGAGUUAAUGAGUUUAGUACUUGUCCUCGAGGAUUCAGCAUUAGACGUUGAUCAGGUUGAUAACCUCAUAAAGUUCUGUCCAACAAAAGAGGAGAUGGAACUUCUUAAGGGAUACACUGGAGAAAAGGAAAAGUUAGGAAAAUGUGAACAGUUCUUCUUAGAGUUGAUGAAGGUGCCAAGAGUAGAAUCUAAACUCAGAGUUUUCUCAUUCAAGAUGCAGUUUCAUUCCCAGGUUUCUGACCUAAGAAGAAGCCUGAAUGUUGUGAACUCUGCAGCAGAAGAGAUAAAGAAUUCUGCCAAAUUGAAGAGAAUCAUGCAGACUAUUCUUUCCCUAGGAAAUGCUUUGAAUCAGGGAACUGCAAGGGGUUCAGCUAUUGGUUUUAGAUUGGAUAGCCUUCUUAAACUAACUGAUACGCGGGCAAGGAACAACAAGAUGACUCUCAUGCAUUAUCUUUGCAAGGUACUUGCUGACAAGCUACCAGAACUUCUAGAUUUUUCAAAAGAUCUUGCUAGUUUGGAACCUGCAACAAAGAUACAAUUGAAAUUUUUGGCAGAGGAAAUGCAAGCCAUAAGCAAAGGACUGGAAAAAGUUGUACAGGAACUGUCUGCCUCAGAAAGUGAUGGUCCUAUAUCAGACAAUUUCUGCAAGGUUUUAAAGGAGUUCCUUCGUUUUGCUGAAGCUGAAGUGAGAUCCUUGGCUUCUUUGUACUCUGGAGUGGGUAGAAAUGUGGAUGCAUUGAUUCUUUAUUUUGGAGAAGAUCCAGCACGCUGUCCCUUUGAACAAGUUCUAUCAACUCUGUUCAAUUUUGUGCGACUGUUCCACAAAGCCAAUGAGGAGAACUGCAAGCAGCUAGAAAUAGAAAUGAAGAAAUCAACAGAAAAUGACAACUCAAAACUGGGUGCUCAUAAGGAGUCCAAAGGCUUCUCACAAACUCGAAUCGAGAGUGGCAUUGUCAAAUGAGAUACUGUUCAAAGAUGAACUAAUUUUUUCUUCUCUAGGGAGAACUCUGGCAUAGUAGAGGCAUCUGAUACAGUUAAUUGAGCUGACAGAUAGGGAUCUUGUUGAUGUCAAUAUCAUGUAAAGUGACAAUGUGCUACAAACUCCGAGAUCGAGUUGUCUUUUUAAAGAUACAGAGGAGUCUGCAGAACCCUUUUCUUCUGGAAGGCAACUUGUAAAGUAUCCAUUAGCCAAAUUUGUUGUAGAUAUUCAAGUAAGGAGCUUGGAGACUUUCUCCCCUUACAAUUUUGGUCUUUACAGUCGGUUGAGGUUAUAACUUAUUUCCUGAAUUUGUUUUUGUCAAUAUCCACCUGUAUAUGUACAGAUAUUCUGUUCGACUGUAUAUAUUUCUGUCAGUAAGAUGCUAAGCUUGGAACAGUCUUUUGCCAGGAACCUGACAUCCUUUGCAUUCGAAAAUACUGGUGGCCGCACACUUGAAUAUAUAUAGUUCAAGUAUAUAACAAUAUCAAUGGGAUGGCUAAUGAUGUUGAAGAAUUUGCGAGUAAAUAAACUAUGAUACCUGUAAACCAAUGAUGGUGACAAACAUUUGACUACACUAGUUUUCUUCUCCAUUGUUAACCUGUUAGGUCUUAUUGUAUUAGAGAAUAUUUGACAGUGGAUGUCCCAAUUUCUUUUUUAUUUUAACAGUGGCAUAUGACAAGAUAGAAUUUAAUUCUGAGCUCUGUUCUUGGUUUCUAA